AUGAGCGUAGCAGUGUCGAAUCGACCAUGGAAUACGUUCGAGCGCCUGUUCCUCUAUGGGCUGAUUGGAUUUGCAGCUGAGGUGUGCUUUACGGCUACUUGGGAAGCAGUAGAACACGGCAAUCGUAAGUUAAUCGGAGUGACGUCGAUGUAUAUAUUUUUUGUGUAUGGGAUGUCAAUUCUUGUUUUGGAGAAACUGUACCUGAAUCUCAAGGAUACCAUUCCACUCCCAUUACGUGCUGCUCUGUAUGUCUUUGUCUGUUACUGUUGGGAGUUUGGCUCUGGAUUCUUCCUGAAACGAUGGGAUGCAUGCCCUUGGGAUUACGAGAGCUACUUCCAUUACCAUUUCAUGGGUCUCAUAACAUUCGAGUACAUUCCUGUCUGGUAUCUCUCAUCAAUUUUCUGCGAAAAGUUUGUGAUUCGUUAUGCAUUGCAAUCGGCGUGGAUGAUUACAGCAGAAGAAAAGCGACAAGCGUGACGAAUUUGUCAUGCAUAACAUUUUUUUUGCAAAGUUUCGGUUGUUAUUUUUCUCCCAUUUUGUUCGUUUGUAAUUAGGG